AUGGCAGUUUCUUCUUCUUCAGAGCCGCAGAGCGCCCUCAGGAAGGAGAAGAACGUAAAGGGGCACGGUAGGGGCAGGAGGAUCCGAGUGUCCGCUCCAUGUGCUGCUCGAAUCUUCCAGCUAAAGGAAGACUUGGGUUUGAAGUCUGAGGGCGAGACAAUUCUGUGGCUUCUCAAACAUGCAGAGGAGUCCAUCGCUAGGGCAAAUGGUGGGACCCCAAAACUCAGGGAGACAGAUAAAGAAGCUGAGCUUGUGGAUGACGAUGGUGGUUCGAGGACCGGAGGACAGGCGGCUGUAGGACCUCAUCCAGUGUUUAUACCAGGGAGAGGUUACUGGAUUGUGCCCGAAGAAGGUGGAGGGCCACAACAAGUGUGGCCCGUUCCCGUGGCUCUUACCCAUGGUAUUUGCACCACCAUGCAAGGUCCCGGCAGACUAACUGAAGAUCUGGGUUUGAAGUCUGAGGGUGAAACAAUUCAGUGGCUUCUCGAACAUGCAGAGGAGUCUAUCACUAGGGCAUAUGGUGGGAGCACCAAGAUCACUGAGACAGAUAAAGAAGCUGAGCUUGUCCAUGAUGAUGGUGGUUCGAAGACCCGAGGACAGGCGACUGUUGGACCUCGUCCAGUGUUUAUACCAGGGAGACGAUACUGGAUUGUGCCUCAAGGUGGAGGGCCACAACAAGUGUCGCCGGUGUCCAUAUAUGGCUCUUACCCAUGGUAUUUGCACCACGAGGCAAGAUCCCAGCUGUGCGGCAGAGUUUAA